AUGUUUGCAAGAGGCGAGAGACCGUAUUCAGAAAAGGUCAGCACCAAAAAUCUUUAUGGUAUGCAUCCAUUCUACAUGAUGCUGGAGACUAAUGGGAAAGCCCAUGGAGUUUUCAUUUUGAAUAGUAAUGCGCAGGAAAUCACCACAGCACCAGGCCCAACCUUGAUAUACCGUACUAUUGGCGGUACUCUGGACAUGUACUUUUUCCCAGGUCCUACUCCAGAAGAAGUGACACAACAAUACCUAGCACUGAUAGGCACCCCAACCUUACCAGCUUACUGGGCCCUUGGCUUCCAGAUUUCCCGAUGGGGCUACAAAAACUUAGCUGAAAUGAAGGAGGUAGUGGAAAGGAACAUCGCCGCUGGAAUCCCUUUGGAUACUGUUGUCGGAGAUAUCGACUACAUGGACAGAUAUAAAGAUUUUUCGAUAGGGAAGGAUUGGAAAGAAUUCCCCGCUUACGUAGACCAACUCCACGAUCGAGGAAUGCAUGUAGUGUUGAUAUUUGAUCCAGCAGUACAAGCUAAUUAUGCACCUUUUGAAAGGGCAAUAGAAGCAUUUGCUUUCCCAAUCCGCAUAGCAAAUAUUCAGAAAGCCAAGUUUGUUGAAUGGGAACGAUUUGAUCAAGUGAUGAACUCGACGAAUAGCCUAUAUCCAUUAGUAAAUGGAACGAAAAUUAUGUUGGGUGUUGUCUGGCCGGAUAACCAUACUGCUUUCCCAGACUUCCUUGAUUCAAGCGGUAACACUGCCAAGUGGUGGAUUGCUGAAUUGGUCAAAUUCAGAGAACAAAAAUGA